CUGAUGAGUUUCCUCCCGCUCCGCUGACGACGGAUGGGGGCCGGGCGGGGCGCCGGGGGGGCAGGAGGCGGCUGCCCGCGGGCCCCGGCCGGGCAGAGGGGAGAGCUGCCCACCCACCCCCGGAGCUGGGAGCCCCCCGGCCCCCCGGGCCAUGGAGGGACCCCCGGUGCUCGGCCCCUCCUCGUGGCAGCGGCGCCGCGCGUGGGCCCGGCAGAGCCGGGGAUGGAGCAGCCCCGAGGGCGAGCACGAGCAGGAGGAAGAGGAGGAAGAGGAGGAAGAGGAGGAAGAGGAGCAGGCGGCCGCUGUCCCCUGGGAGCCGCCACAGCCGGACCGCGCUGUCCGGGGCGGUCAGGGCCAGCCCGGGCCGCGGGAGGGACCCCCGGGCCGGGUCCCCUCACGGCCCCUGUGUCCCCCAGGAGCGCUCUGCGACAGCGUCCGGACCUGGCUGCGGGACUGCGGGGGGGCAGCGCUGGACGAGCCGGGAUCGCGGGGACCCUGCGAGAGUGGCAGCAGCGGGACGAGCCUCGAGGACCAGCUGAGCCCGGGAGCUGAAGGUCUGCGUCCCCCCGGGGCUGUGACAAGGGCGGGGAUGUCCCCAAACCAGCGCCAGUCACCCCCUGCUGUCCCCCCGCUCCCUUUUCCAGCUCUGCUGCUCCCGGGGACCCCCCAGGCGGCGGGCAGGAGUCAGUGGGAGCGGCGGCCGAACCCUGGGGACAGCACGGCCUGCGGUGUCCCCUCCGGUGUCCCCUCCGGUGUCCCCUCCGGUGUCCCCAGCAGCCGCAGGUGGGGGCAGGCCGCUCGGGGGUCGCUGUCACGCCGCUGUCCCCCCGGCGGGGCUGUCCCCUCGCGCAGCCUGCCCGCCGUGCUGGCCUGGUGCCAGUCGGACGCCGAGGAGAUCCUGCACAGCCUGGGCUUCGUGGGGAGCGAGCCGGGGGUCGCGUCCCGGGUCCCCCCCCGCUUCUUCUCGGGCCCGUCCCGCGCCAGCGGCAUCGACCUCGGGCUCUUCCUGCGGGCCCAAGCGCGGCGCCUGGCCACGGAGGAUCCCUGCCUGCUGCUGGCCAGUCGCUUCCAGCAGGUGCAGGCCCUCGCUGCCGCCGCCGACGCGUUCUUCUGCCUCUACUCCCACGUGUCGCGGACCCCCCUGCAGCGCAUCGCCCCCCCCCGGCCCUGUCGCGACAUCCCCGACAGCGCCGAGCGGCCCGGGGAGCGCCUGAAGCGCGCGGUGUCCUCGCUGUGCCUCUACACCGGGGCAGGCGACAACGGCGACAUCCCGCGGGGGGGGACCCGGGGCGAGACCCCCGGCCCCCGCAGCGCGCGGGACCCGGGGGGGCUUCGGGCGGGGCCGGGCGGUGCCCCCGAGGGCUGCCGGGGGGACGGCGACACGACCACGGGGCAGUGGUGGCCGUCCCCGAGGCCACCCCCUGCGGGGACAGCGUGGGGACACCCCGAGCGCUCCUGUCCCCGCGGCCUGGGGGUCUGGGGGCGCGGGGGGGCUUCGUGCCCGGCCAGAGCAGCGCGGGGGGACACGGGGACACCCAGCAGGGUGGCGGCCACCCCCGAGAGCCCCGCGGGGCUGCGACCCCCGGGCGACCCCGGCCUCGACCCUCGGUGCCACCCGGGGGCCACCGCGAGGGCCGGGGGACACCGCGCCGGGCUGCGGGGGGGUCCCCAGGGGCUGCAGCCCCCCGGGGGUGUCCCCGAGCCCCCCGAGCCCCGAGGAGCGGCGGAGUCCUUCGAGCUGGAGGAGGUGCUGAGCGAGGAGGAGGAGGAUGACGAUGAUGAUGAUGAGGAGGAGGAGGAGGAUGAUGAUGAUGAUGCCCCCGAGGAAGCCGCCCGCUCCCCCCAUCCCUUCAUCAGCACCCGCAGGAGCUCCCUGCUCCAGGGGCGCUCCCACAGCAGCGGUUUCGGGGAGGAGCCGCUCCCCCCCUCGGCGCCCCCGGCCCGGACUGCGUGACCCGAGGCCACCUCGGGAGGACGUGUGGCCUCGGCCGGCUGUCCCACGGACGUUUUGGACACGCGUGUGACACGUGUGUGUGUGUGUGUGUGUGGCACAGGAAAACCUCCGCGCUCGGGAUUUUGCCCCAUUUUUUUGUCCCUCCCUCGCCCCCCCAGCCCUGUGGCUCGGGGCCUGCAGCAGGGAAGUGUCCCCAGCCCUUGGGGACGUGUCCCCAGCCCUUGGGGACGUCACUUGCACUUUGGUCGGUUACACUAGAGGGGGGUGGGGACACA